GAUUGUCGCCCGGUUGGUUGGAUAUAUAGAAGAAACAAGAUUUGCGUUUGCUUUGUACAAUUUCUGGGAACUCGCGUAUAUAUUAUUUAGAAAUAUAUACGAGUGCAAUCAACGUUUCCGAGAAUCAACAUAUCGUGGGAUGACAUACUCAGAACAGUACAUGAGAUUCGUCCUACCACAGCGAAUUGGGACACAUGACGGGGACUGUGACCGCUUCAGCUCGAACAUGUAAAGACAAAGGAGGACACCUAGAAUACUCCCGUGUAAUGUGUUACAACGACCUGUCCAGAGGAGACGCUGAGGACUUCCUAAGAGGACUUCCAGCCGGCUCUUAUCUUGUCAGACCCUGCUCCGAUAAGGCGGGAAAUAAACUAUCUUUAUCAGUCGUGAGUGAAGAGAGUGGGCCUCUGAACCACUACCUUAUAAGACUAGAUAACGGCUACAAACUUGAAGGAAGACAUGACAGAUUCUGCUGCUUAAAGAGCUUUCUUAAAGCACAUUCUCAGUAUUACCUGGGAUUACAAGUCAAACUUAGGAUACCCAUCUUCUCCAGAUCGCUGUUUCACAUGAUAGAGAUCUGGGAGUAUGAAACUAGCCGGAGCAGGUGGGAAGGCUUCUCACAAGAACAAACAUACAGACUAGCUACUCUCCGCAAGACCAUCAACCCUGUACACACAUUCGAGGACGGAUCUACUGUUAAUGUAAAGUUAGGAACGCGGGAAGUUCCCUGUAUAUACGGGAAACAAAUACAGAACGUGAGAAUGAGAUACGUGUACGGCUUAUGUGACAGAUGUACUCUCAAAACUAUACAUCCCAUACUAAAACACUCCCACCAUACCAGAUCAGCAAAGCACCAGUUCAGGAUAUGGGAGUAUUAUGAUGGCAGUGAGUGGAGAUGUUUCGAGUACGGUAAAGCUUCCUUCCAACACUUCCUAGCUUCAUUCUCCCUUCUUUGUAAGAACGGUACAGUCAAAGAUAAAGCUAUAACGAUAAGAGAUAGCUACGGAACACAAUGGUACAUAGACCUGAUAAACGACAAGAUAACGAACUACAGUUCCUCGGGUGCUGUUAGAUCUUAUGUAAUCAGACAGAGAGAGGUGCACGGGGUUACGUGCGAUGAUAUUCAUCAGGAGAAGGAGCGAUACUUAUCACGUGACAAUCACAACGCGCUGCACGUGCUACAAAACACGUACUGUAACGCGCACUACACGUAUCCUCCCACGUGGAACAACAAACUAGUCCACACCCUCGCCACCACGUCCGAGGAGUACAGACACAUUUCCUGUCAGAUACCACUACCACACAGGACACACAUAUCUUCUGUUAUUAGAAUACAGGACACGGACUCUUGGCACAUGUUCUCAAAAGAGCACCAGUUAUUGAGCCUAACGAGUAGCAGCGUUAAGGUGGACUUACUGUGGUCUGAUAGCACAAUGAACAGAGAACAUGAGGCUUCUGAUAAAAAUGGGUUAGAAACCAGCCUGAUAACACACGACUGUAUAUAUUUCGACAGACACAUCCAAACAAAACAAAACUUCAAUACUCUAGUGCUGUGCAAGGUAGCCUACGACCCUUCGGAUAACCAGAGUGUAGUAGAUGACCCGUUCCACGCCACUACAGUUCACAUGGACACUAGGCACAGAGACGCCAUCACUCCACUUUUCUGCGUUUUCUUCAACCCAGCCCUUAAGAAUGCUUCAUCCAACAACUGCAAGACAACUGACGAGAAGACAGUCGCUUUGGAGAUGAAAACUUUACCGGACACAAAUCCUAGUUGAAUCCUAUAUAAAGGGGUGCACAAAUCCUAGUUUUAAUCCUAGACCAACAGGCACAAAUCCUAGUUUCAAUCCUGUUAAUUUAUAUUGUCUGUUAUGUGACAAUUCCUUUGUGAACUCGAGUUGGUAAUUUUGUUGUUUUGUUUAAAUGUUGCGAAUCUGAGUUCACAUGACAACACUUGCAUUACAUGCAGUUAUUCCGGGGGAGGCAGUUCAGAGUUAUCUUAUCAAAUGUAUUCAUAUUACUUAGUAAGCUCAUCAUAUUAUGAUUAUUAUUUAAAGUAAUUGAGAGUGAGAUGAAGUCCUGAACUUUAGGAUUUUUAUCUAAUUCUAACAAAAUACGCUCUUUUCAUCAAAAUUCUUAUUUAGCUCCAAUUUUCUGGGGCAUUAUAUUUUGGGUUGCCUGAAUUUUACCUGACGUCACAAAAACAUUACGUGACGUCAUGACAACACCACGUGACGUUAUCAUUUACGUCAGCAGUCAGUUAUUGAUUUAGUAUUCUGUAAAUAGCUUAACAUUUGGAAUGUUAUAAAUGGAAUUA